AUGGCUGCCCCCUCACCAUCCACUGUUGUCACCGUCCUGGACAGCCCUCUGCCUCCUGCCCCCUCACCCAAUACCGUUUUAUCCCCACUUCAAUGGAAAACUCUUUUGGCGCUUGCAGAUAUUGUCAUUCCAUCCAUCAGAUCAAAAAGCGAAGGUGGAUCCCUGGGUGACUGCAUAAUUGAUGAUGCUGAGUAUGUGCUUGCUGCUCAUGGUAUUCACUCUAAUGCCGAUCCGUCGACACACCCUGACCUCGCCGUCCGGUACCUCAAUGAAAAUGCCUCCAGCAUCCCAGAGUUCAAAGAGAGUUUGUCUCGAAUCCUCGGUCAGCAAAUUCCAGAAGACGCCAGGCGCGGUAUCUGCAUAAUCCUCAACUCCCUCAAUAGUCGCCCCAUAUCCUUUGCCUUGACUGGAUACUUCGCUCCUAUCCAGUGCCACUCUUACCGUGUUCGCGAAGCAAUCUUUCGCGGUUGGGCUACCUCUACCCUUCCACCCAUGCGCACCAUUUACCGUUCUCUUAUUUUGCUCUUUAACAAGGCGUGGAUUUCUCUGAGUCCAACUCUCCCGGAGAUUCUUGGCUUUCCCCAAGUGCCCAUCGGUUAUGCACCCUCUGAAGGCUACCCGUAUCAGUUUGUGCAGAUUCCUCCUGGAGACAAUGCCGAGAUUAUCUCAACAGAGGUUGUCAUUAUUGGCAGCGGCUGUGGUGCAGCUGUGGCGGCAAAGAAUCUCGCGGAGGCUGGCCACAGCGUUAUUGUGCUUGAAAAGGCUUAUCAUUUCCCAGAAAGGCAUUUUCCUAUGACAAUGAGGCAUGCCUCCUCAAAUAUGUUCGAAAAUGGGGGCGCCAACAUUUCUGAUGAUGGCUCUAUUGCCGCCAUCUCGGGUUCGACCUGGGGCGGUGGUGGAACGAUUAACUGGUCAGCUUCGAUUCAGACACAGAGCUACGUCCGCCAGGAAUGGGCAAAGAAAGGGAUGCCGUUCUUCACCUCUUCGGAGUACCAGAAAUGUCUAGAUCGUGUUUGUGAGCGCAUGGGCGUUAAUACAGAGCAUGUAAACCAUAAUAACCCCAACCGUGUCCUUUUGGAUGGGGCACGAAAACUGGGCUAUGCCGCUCAGACUGUGCCACAGAAUACAGGCAAUCAGGAGCAUUGGUGUGGACACUGCACUUUGGGUUGUGCAUCAGGCUGCAAAAAUGGCCCCCAUGUGACGUUACUGGCAGAUGCUGCACGGGCCGGCGCUCAAUUUAUCGAAGGAUUUUAUGCCGAGAGAAUAUUGUUUAAAGAGGGCAAUGUUGGAAAUUGCCUUGCUCAUGGAGUUCAAGGAAUCUGGACCUCAAGAGACAUUAACCAUGGAACAUCCGGACAGCCAGUCAUCAAACGUAAAGUCGUAAUCAAGGCGAGAAAGGUCGUUGUGGCAUGUGGUUCCUUGCAAACCCCUCUGUUGCUCCUACGGAGUGGCCUGAAAAAUCCACAGAUCGGGCGUAAUCUUUACUUGCAUCCAGUUGUUGUUCUGUCUGCCGUUUUUAAGGAAGAGAUGCUCCCGUGGGAAGGUGGCAUUCUCACAUCAAUGGUAACGGAAUUCGAGAAUGUGGAUGGUCAGGGCCAUGGAGCGAAGAUCGAGACUCUAACCGCAGUCCCGUCGUUCUUUCUUCCCGUUUUCCCCUGGAACGACGGUAUCAUGUACAAGCGCUUUGCUGCAACCCUUCGCAAAAUGGCUGGGUUUAUCACUCUCACCCGCGAACGAGAUGCGGGUAGGGUGUAUCCUGAUCCUGUCGAUGGUCGAUGUAGAAUCGCCUAUACUCCCUCCCAUUUCGAUAGAAAGAACAUGAUGGAAGCUGUUAUUGGUGCCGCAAAAAUUGCGUAUGUUUGCGGGGCUCAAGAAAUUUACACUACCAGUCGCGACAUCCCAACAUUCAUUCGCCCCGAACGUUUAGUGACCGAGACAUGUAGCCCUGAAGAAGGUAUCAAUCACACGUCAUUCCAGGCCUGGAUCAAAAAGGUCCGCCAUGUCUAUUCUCCCUUGGCCCCUGAACGCACUGCCUUUGCAAGCGCCCAUCAGAUGGGUACCUGCCGUAUGGGUAACGCUCCAAAAUCCAGCGUCGUUGACCCUACCGGGAAAGUCUGGGGUACUGAAGGACUUUAUGUCACUGAUGCGUCUGUUUUCCCAAGCGCGAGCGGUGUCAAUCCAAUGGUUACCAACAUGGCCAUUUCAGACUGGACGAGUCGGAAUGUUUCAAAGGUGCUUAGGGGUGAGGAUGUUUCAUUUGCUCCAAGGCUCUAG